AUGAACGACAUUGAGAUCGAUGGACCUCUGGUCCUGAAUUUUGAGGACCUGUCGCGCAGCGAUGGUGCCUUGGUUGGUGGAAAGAAUUCUUCACUGGGCGAAAUGAUCAGAGCCCUCGACACAAAAGGAAUUGUCGUACCACCUGGUUUUGCAACGACCUCGCACGCAUACUGGCACUACAUCGACGCCAACUGUAUCCGGGGCAAGAUGGACGGCCUGAUCACUGAAUGGCAGCUGGGCAAUCUCAGUCUUGCCGAGACCGGCCAUGCGGUGCGCAGUCUGUUCCUCCGCCACGGUAGCUGGCCGCUGGAUACCGCAACCGCCAUCAGAACCAGCUAUCGCGAGCUUUCGGCCAAGGUUGGAGUCGAGAACGUCAGUGUUGCUGUGCGCUCCAGUGCAACGGCGGAGGACUUACCCGACGCAAGCUUUGCCGGCCAGCAAGAGACUUAUUUGAACAUCUCAGGUGAACGCGCCCUCUUAGAUGCCUGCAGACGCUGCUAUGCUUCACUCUUCACUGAUCGGGCAAUCAGCUAUCGCCAGGCCAAGGGAUUCGGUCAUACAAGUGUCGCUCUCUCCAUUGGUGUACAAUGCAUGGUUCGUUCCGAUGCCGGCGGUUCCGGCGUUAUGUUCUCCAUCGACACCGAAAGCGGUUUUGACAAGGUUGUGCUCAUCAACGCAGCGUGGGGGCUCGGUGAGAACAUCGUGCAGGGGACCGUCAAUCCCGACGAGUAUCAGGUCUUCAAGCCGCUCUUGUCCGAUGCCAAUCUUGUCCCGAUCUUGGAGAAGAAGCGUGGCGAAAAGGCGAUCAAAAUGGUCUAUGGUGAUCAGCACAUGCCAACCCGCAACGUGCCCACGUCAAAGGCAGAGCAAGACGCUUUCGUGCUCAGCGACACGGAGAUCCUCCAGCUGGCCCGCUGGGGAUGCGCCAUCGAAGAGCACUACGGCUGCCCGAUGGAUAUUGAAUGGGCCAAAGACGGCAUCACGGGUGAGCUGUUCAUCGUCCAGGCUCGGCCGGAAACUGUGCACUCGCGCCGUGACGCCGCCGUCUUCAAGACCUACACGGUCGGUAACAAGGGACGCGUUCUGGCCACGGGCCUCUCCGUUGGUGAUAAGGCCGCCUCGGGGCGGCUCUGCCUCGUCGAAUCCGCCAAAGACAUUGACAAGUUCGUUGACAACUCGAUCCUGGUGACAGAAGCGACAGACCCGGAUUGGGUGCCUGUGAUGAAGCGUGCCGCUGCCAUCAUCACUGACCAUGGCGGGCGCACCUCGCAUGCCGCCAUCGUCAGCCGUGAACUGGGCAUUCCGGCAAUAGUGGGCACUGGAAAUGCUACCUACGUGCUACACAGCGGCCAGGACGUCACCGUCUCCUGUGUCGAGGGCGACACCGGCUUCGUGUACGAGGGAAUCUCGGAUAUCACGACCCAGACGGUAGAUCUGUCCGGGCUGCCCCAGGCCCGGACCAAGGUCAUGCUCAAUCUCGCCAAUCCGACGGCCGCCUACCGCUGGUGGCGACUUCCAGUCGACGGCAUCGGCCUUGCCCGCAUGGAGUUCGUCGUUAGCAACGCUAUCCAGGUCCAUCCUAUGGCACUCAUUCACCUUGACCAAUUGAAAGAUGAAGAUGCCAAGCGAAAAAUCACCCGACUGACAGCGGGGUACGAAAACAAGCCCAACUACUUCGUCGAUAAGUUGUCGCGUGGACUCGCGGCUCUGUGUGCCAGUGUCUAUCCCAAACCGGCCAUCAUCCGCAUGAGCGACUUCAAGACAAACGAGUACGCAGGCCUUAUUGGCGGCGCCGAAUUCGAGCUCAAGGAAGACAACCCAAUGAUAGGCUUCCGCGGCGCUUCGCGCUACUACUCGCCGCGUUACAAGGAAGGCUUCGCUCUCGAGUGCCGCGCCGUCAAGCGGCUACGCGAAGAGAUAGGCCUCACCAAUGCCAUUAUCAUGAUCCCCUUCUGUCGUACAAUCGGCGAGGCUAAAAAGGUUCUGGAAGUCAUGGCCGAGAAUGGGCUCCGGCGCGGUGACAACGGCCUGCAGGUCUACGUCAUGUGCGAGAUCCCCUCCAAUGUCAUCCUAGCCGCCCACUUCACCGAGCACUUUGACGGCUUCUCCAUCGGCUCUAAUGACCUAACGCAGCUGACGCUCGGCGUAGACCGCGACUCGGGAGAGCUGGCCAAUUUGUUUGAUGAGCAGGACGAGGCGGUUAAGUGGAUGAUAGCACAGGUCAUCUCGGUGGCUCGCAACAAGGGAUGCAAGAUUGGCCUCUGUGGCCAGGCGCCGAGUAACCAUCCUGAGUUUGCCAAGUUUCUAGUCGACGCUGGCAUCGAUUCUAUCUCUGUCAGUCCGGAUAGCUUUGUUGCAGUGAAGAGGCACGUGGUAGCUAGUGAGCAGGCUUGA